AUGGACUUGUAUUUCUUUCAUCAUGAUGAAUACGAGCGUCUUUACAAUUGUAGUUUAUACAGUGUUGACCAAAUCCCUUUAGAAAAACGUCAACAUAAAAUACUUGGAAUUUUCCUGUUCAGUUUAUCUACACUAUGUGAGAUACUCUAUAUUCCUUGUAUGUUCUCAAUUUGGAAUCGAAUGGCAAAUAGUCAUUGUUAUAAAAUCAUGUUUUAUAUUGGGGUUAUUGAUAUGGCUACAAUUUUAUGUGUUGGACAUAUUACUGCCUAUUUUGGCUAUUUUGGUUUUGUUUUUUGUUCGUCCCCUACUUUCAAUUAUUUUGCUGGAGCUUAUGGACAAUGUCUCUGA